AUGUCGCAAGCACAGCCAAAUGAGGUGGAAAAAAAUAUCGAGAUAUGGAAGGUCAAGAAGCUCAUUAAGCGUCUCACCGAGGCGCGGGGCAACGGGACUAGCAUGAUCUCGCUGAUCAUCCCACCCAAAGACCAAAUCUCGCGAGCAGCAAAGAUGUUGGCUGAAGAAUUCGGUACUGCAUCCAAUAUUAAAUCGCGUGUCAAUCGUCUCUCUGUUCUAUCUGCGAUUACCUCUACUCAGCAACGUCUUAAGCUCUAUCCUCGUGUUCCACCCAAUGGUCUCGUUGUCUAUUGUGGUGAAAUCAUUACCAGCGAAGGCAAGGAGCGUAAGAUUAACAUUGAUUUCGAGCCUUUCAAGCCUAUCAACACUUCACUCUACUUGUGUGAUAACAAAUUCCACACCGAGGCGCUUUCUGAGCUCCUUGAAUCGGACAACAAGUUUGGGUUCAUCAUCAUGGAUGGUAAUGGUGCGCUUUUUGGCACUCUCAGUGGCAAUACCAGAGAGGUUGUUCAUAAGUUUUCAGUUGACCUGCCCAAGAAGCACGGUCGUGGUGGUCAAUCUGCAUUGCGUUUCGCCCGUCUUCGAGAAGAAAAGCGCCACAACUAUGUUCGCAAGGUUGCCGAAUUGGCAGUACAGAAUUUCAUUACUGCGGACAAGGUCAACGUUUCCGGGCUUAUCUUGGCUGGUUCAGCUGACUUUAAGACUGAGCUGGCUCAGAGUGACAUGUUCGAUCAGCGUCUUCAGGUCAAGAUUAUCAAAGUUGUCGACGUGUCCUAUGGCGGUGAGCAUGGGUUCAAUCAAGCUAUCGAGCUGUCUGCCGAGACUCUCGGUAACGUAAAAUUCGUCCAGGAAAAGAAAUUGAUCGGCAAUUACUUCCAGGAGAUUUCACAGGACACUGGAAAAGUCUGUUAUGGUAUUGAAGAUACCUUGAAAGCCAUGGAACUCGGUGCUGCUGAGACUCUGGUUGUUUUUGAGAAUCUUGAUGUAACUCGCUGGACCCUUAAAUCCUCAACCGGAGAGGAAAUUAUCCUCAACACCACCAAACAGCAGGAGGCGGACCGGGAGAGGUUCAUGGACAAAGAAUCGGGCCAAGAAAUGGAGGUCAUUGAGUCUAUCCCCUUCCUUGAGUGGUUGGCCGAAAAAUACAAGGAUUUCGGUGCAACUCUCGAGUUCGUAUCAGACCGCUCUGGAGAGGGCAAUCAAUUUGUCAAAGGCUUUGGUGGGAUUGGUGCAUUCCUUAGAUACAAAGUCAACUUUGAGCAGCUCGCCGAGGCUGAUGAUGAGGAUGAAUACUAUGAUGAUUGA